AUGAGCAGCUUAAAUCAAUCAUAUGGGCCAACACACAAUUGCAUUAUAUGCUUUCGAAAUGGCGCCAAAACUUCAAAAGCCCUCUGUUCGUUGGCCAAUAAUGAUGGAACUGCACAGGUCACUUGCAAAGGAUGCCAAAUGCAGCGAUAUUGUAGCCUUUCCCAUUUAGUAGAGGAUCGCGAAGAACACGAACCUCUCUGCCAGGUGCUGGCCGAUCUCAUGAAGUUCAAGAGGAUUAGGCAUCCGCUUCUGAUUCACGGAAGGAUUGAAGGCCUAAAACAGCUGCAGUUGGUCAUUUGCCAGCUCAAACUUAUCCUUCAGGUCAAGUUACGGCGACCGCUUUUAUGGAGGGAACAUAUUCUGAUUGGCCAGCCAGCAGUUUGCAGAGUUUGCCUUCGGACAAAUCCCUUAGAAGCCUGUACUGGAUGCGGCGGAGUGGCCUACUGCCACAAGAAUCAUCGCAAUGAAGACAGGAUUUGUCACGGGGGAGAGGAGUGCCGCACCCUUGCCAUGAUGUCCAGCCCAUUUCGCCAACUGGACAGUAAACUUAACAUAAAGGAAUUCAAGCCCAUAACUGAUCUUGCAGAGAGUCAUCUUAUAGACACCUUCUUUCAAGCAACCUCCAUUCCAGUUAGCGAUAAUCCAUGGAUCAACUUUGACCAGUAUGAUGUCUUCAGCACGUGUUCCACGUUUAGUGGAGUUGCAAGCAUGUGUUAUGCCUUAAAACACGUUUCCUUCGACGAAGAUCGUGACAAACCUGUUAUCGUUUAUGUGAUGGGAGCCACUGAUGACCAUCUGAGAUACUUCCAAGAGAUGCAUCUAAGAUUUCUAUUAACAAUGUACCAAAGAAUCAUGAAAUUAGAACUAUAUUUUAUUGGACCAAGUCUGGAUCAGAGAAGUCCUGAAGUCUAUCGGGACAGAAAAUCUAAAAGAAUCGUUGAGAAAAGGUUUUAUGAGUCGACCUUUGCGGAAUUUCCAACCAUCAACAGGGCGAAUCCGAAUUUAAUUCUUCUCUUACAACCAGAUUUUCUUUGUAUGAGCCACAUUAGUGAGGAACUUAUUAAGCAAUUGCCCAUUAAGAGUCCUUACUCGGACUCCAUCGACUGGCAGCAAUGCCUGAUUGGAAUUCUUCAAAACUACGGCGUUCCUAUUUGUUAUACAUCCCUAUCUAAGGCCAAGGCAUUAUCGGAUUUUACGGCUGUGAAAGUACUGGCCAGGGACCACAAAAUCGCCGUCAAACGAACCUUCAACAUUAUGGAGAAUCCAUAUCGCGAAAUUUUACCAUUAUACAAUCCAUUUAUUGAAGACAACGAGAUAAUAGUUUAUAAUAACAACUACCUCGAGAUUGUGUUCACUAGUUCGAUUAGUUAAUAUCGUUGUUUCGAGGUUUGAAAUCUCACACUUUAAUAAUUAAUUUAAACAUGGUUUAUCCAUUUACAUUUUUGGUAAUUUUUUAAGAAUAAAUUGUUUACCUAUUUCGCAUA